CACGCCUCCUCUCCAAUCUCCUCGUCCUCAUCCUCCCCAAAACAGUAAAACACCCACCCACACAUACACACUGAUACAACCACCACCAAGCACACGCCACCGCCACCGAAAAACCCUCUUCUCGAUCAGUUCUCCCCCAACGGGCAACGAUGCCUCCCUGCGACCCCUCCACCGCCGCCGCACCAUCUCCUUCUCCGACGACGACGAAGCGCGACCUCGCCGCGCUCCUCGCCGCGGCGCGCCCCUUCCUGCGCGGCGAGCUCGAGCUCGUCGACCCGGCGCUCCCCUCGCUGGUGUCCGUGCUCCGCGGCGCCGGCGCCGGCGAGUGCUGGCACAAGCACGGCACCUUCCUCGGCCACCUCCUCGGCGUCCACCGCGCCCUCAAGCUGUGGGGCGCCCCCGACCCCGUCGCCCGCUGCGGCCUCUUCCACUCCGCCUACUCCAACUCCUACGUCAACCUCGCCAUCUUCGACCCCGCGAGCGCCUCCCGCGCCCGCGUCGCCGCCCUCGUCGGCGCCCCCGCCGAGCGCCUCGUCCACCUCUUCUGCGUCGUCCCGCGCCAGCCCCUCAUCCACGACGCCCUCCUCUUCCGCUACUCCGACCGCGACCUCCUCGACCACCUCGCGCGCUCCCACGCCUCCCUCCGCGGCCGGCUCGAGUUCGCCGGCGACAACCCGGCCGCGCUGUGGCCCGGGGAAGGGAAGCCCGGGCUUUGGAUGAAUUCAAUAUCGCGGAUGGCCGCGCUCUACGCGCUCAUCGUCAGAGAGGAGGAGAUCUACCUGCUGGAGAGGAAGAGCCGGGGAGGAGGAGAUUACGAGGAGGGGAGAGACGAGGAGAUCGAAUUGGUGGUUCCGCCGGUGUUCGACUACUGCACCAGAGUCUUAGACGCAAAUGAUCAAAUAGUUGCAAGGGAUCUGUACUGGGAGGCGGUGUGCGGCGGCGGCGGUGAAGACAAAGAUAAAGCAGGGGAUACAUGGGGGAGGGUGGAGAAGCUGUUGAAGGAGAGCUGCGAGAAGAACCCGUUUGUGGGGGAGCCGCAUUUGGUGCUGGCGCAGGUGUAUCUGAACGUGGGGAGGUAUGAGGACGCAGAGGGAGAAGCAGAGGAGGGGCUGAGGCUGGUGUUGGAGUGGGGGAGUAGCUGGGACAAGAGGAUGAGUUGGGAGGGGUGGGUCUCUUGGGGGAGGGUGAUGCUCAUGAAGGCCAAGGAGAGGUCGUGGCCCGACACUGCAUGGGGGAUCAUCAAUCUAGGGCUCGGUUCGGCGCGCGAAUCUAGGAGGAGAGAGAGGUGCCCUAUUUAUGUUGCUUCGACAUCGUAUAAGGAUAAGGAUAAGAACAUAAUCAAGUUAGAAAAGAGAGAAAAAGAGACAGGAGUUGUUGCUUCGCCCUCCGACGCCGGGCUUGGUUGUCAAUUAACCAUUGACAGCCGGCCGGCCCCCCUUCUUCCUUUUGCUCGAAAAUUAUCGCUGUAA